AUGAUCGACGUUGAGAAGCACAGCGAUAUCGGCCCUCCAGCCAGCCCUGAGCCACCUGCGACGUCCGAGGCGAGGGAGGUGCGUGGCUUCGCCUGGAUCGUGGUGGUAGGAUCCAUUCUCUCGGCGACUUUUCUUUACGGUUUGGAUCAGACGAUUGUGGCCAAUAUCCAGCCUGCUAUAGUGGACCGUUUUGACUCGCUGGGCCAGCUGUCUUGGAUCUCAGUGGCUUUUCUGCUGGGAGCUGCCAGUAGCAACCUGUUCUGGGGCCAGAUGUAUGGUCGAUUCAACGUGAAAUGGCUGUAUUUUGCCUGCGUGGGCCUCUUCGAAUUGGGAUCCACGGUGUGCGGUGCUGCGCCGUCGAUGGCAGCCCUCAUCGUUGGACGUGCCCUCUGCGGCUUUGGAGGCGCCGGAAUGUACACUGGAUCCAUGGCCUUGCUCUCCCUCACCACAACAGAAAAGGAGCGGCCGUUUUACCUGGGUCUUCCCGGCCUCACCUGGGGAGCUGGGACCGUUCUGGGACCCGUCCUGGGAGGUGCCUUCUCCGAUAGCAGCGCAGGCUGGCGCUGGGCGUUCUACAUCAAUCUGUGCAUCGGUGCCCUCUGUGUCCCAGUGUAUAUCUUCCUGGUCCCUAGUAAAGACGCCAAUCCCGGUCUCUCCUUCUGGCGUCGCCUUAAGGGGGUCGACCUCCUAGGGUUCAUCCUGAUGACGGGCACUUUCACAGCCGGGCUCAUGGCAAUAUCUUUCGGAGGCACCGAUUACCCCUGGAACAGCCCGCAGAUCAUCGCAUUGUUCGUCGUGGCCGGUGUUGUGACGAUCCUUUUCUGGGUGCAACAGUUCCUCGCCAUCGGCGUCAAGCGAGAGCACGUCUCCUUCCCCUUGGCCUUCCUGAAAGAGCACAAGCUGCUCCUUGUCGCCCUCGUAGAAGCCUCUGCCAUCACAGCCACCUUCAUCCCCAUUUAUUUCCUCCCUCUGUUCUUCCAGUUCGUGCACGGCGACUCAGCCCUAGACACGGGUGUCCGCAUUCUUCCCUACGUUGUCUUCUGCGUCUUUUCGUGUCUCCUCAGCGGCCACGUCGUCAGCAAAAACGGCCAGUGGCUCCCCUGGUUCCUCGGCGGCGGCGCACUCGUCCUCGCUGGGAGUGUCGCUCUCUACACCGUCAACGAGAGAACCUCCACCGCAAAGGUAUACGGAUAUAGUGUCGUGAUUGGCUUUGGUGCGGGUGCAUACCUCCAGUUGCCUUUCGCUGUGGCCCAGAUGAUCGUUGAACCCAGUUACAUUACCGCAGCAGUCGGCUUCAUGGCCUUUGCGCAGCUCUCAGCGCCCUCGGUGAGCAUGGCCAUCGCCAACGCAGUGUUUAUCAACCAGUCCACCAUUCAGAUCUCACAUAUCCUACAUUCCUGGUCGAGGGACGAUAUCCAGCGAGUCAUUUCGGGUCUGGGAGGGAGCGAGCUUGCAUCAUUGGAUGAUGGGACGAGUCGUCGUGUUAUCGAGAUCAUUGUGCAGAAUAUCAGCAAGGCGUAUAUUCUAUGCUUUGUUGGGGCGAGUCUGGCCAUUAUUAUCUCGGUUUAUUUGGCGAUUGACCAGCUGUCGUCAAAGAAGAAGGGGAAAGAUUCGAAUCACGGGGAUGAGAGUGAUGGGCAAGCGGCGUGA